AUGCCAAAUCCCCAAGACUACCAUCCUCAACCACAUCAAGGAAGUUUCAAGGCUCAGGGCCCGCUCAAGCUACGUCAAGCCUUUCCUGACGCCGAACAACCAAGACGCUCGGUUGAAGUUGGCGUUCAACUUCGUUCGACCUUCGUCGAAUGGACGCCAUGUUUUCGCCAGCAUGUCAAACGUAAGUUCUACGUGUACAAAGACGAAGAAGUCGCCAAACGCGUAGUCAAGUCGAAGAGCCAUAUUACAAAAGUCAUGUUUCUCGUGGCGAUUGCAAGGCCACGCUUCGACCACCACGCGAAGAAGACAUUUGACGGCAAGAGGUAUAUUCCAACGCCAUCGUAG